UGUUUUUGGACACCUUGAGUCGAACUGUCCUUUACAUUUCCCCCGCUCUCUCCUAUUGGCUACUAUCAUGCCUAAAGAUUGUGUGUGGGGCGGUCUUACCAAUUACCACUAAUACUUAGUUUCUCUGCAUGGAUGACAGAUGAUCACCACAGUUCACUGUGAGGAGGAUGGCGGAGGAGCUGCACCCAGACGAGCACUGGUACAGGUGCAUCUCCAGUUGGCUUCCAUCUUGGUGCCCCACCUCCCUCUCUCAGCUAAAGGAUGCAGAGGACAAAAUGCUCAAGGCUGUGAAGACCCCAUUCUCCAGGCAAGAUGUCCCGAUAUCCAAUGGCAACUAUGUCUGGACCAUAGCCUUCAACGCCAAAGGAUAUCCCUCACUCUCCCCCCAGCCCCAGUCUAAGCCCCAGUCUCAUCCCUCUUCUCCCCAGCACCAGUCUAAGCCCCAGUCUCAUCCCUCUUCUCCCCAGCCUCAGUCUAAGCCCCAGUCUCAUCCCUCCUCUCCCCAGCCCCAGUCUAAGCCCCAGUCUCAUCCCUCUUCUCCCCAGCCUCAGUCUAAGCCCCAGUCUCAUCCCUCCUCUCCCCAGCCCCAGUCUAAGCCCCAGCCUCAUCCCUCUUCUCCCCAGCACCAGUCUAAGCCCCAGCCUCAUCCCUCCUCUCCCCAGCCCCAGUCUAAGCCCCAGUCUCAUCCCUCCUCUCCCCAGCCCCAGUCUAAAUCCCAGUCUCAUCCCUCCUCUCCCCAGCCCUCUCUCCAGCGCCGUCCCCGUCCUCCGCUGGUGCUGCUCCAUGGGUUUGGGGGUGGUGUGGGUCUGUGGGCUCAGAACCUGGACUCUUUGUGUGGCAGUGGAGCCGUGUAUGCCCUGGAUCUGCUGGGGUUUGGUCGGAGCAGCAGGCCCCUGUUCAGCGUGGACCCCCAGGGGGCAGAGGAGCAGUUCCUAGGGGCCCUGGAGGAGUGGAGAGACACGGUGGGCCUGGAGGAAAUGAUCCUGCUGGGACACAACCUGGGAGGAUACCUGGCUGCUGCUUACACACUUAAACACCCACACAGGGUGAAACAACUGAUCCUGGUGGAGCCAUGGGGGUUCCCGGCCCGCCCAGAGAGCAUGGAUCAGGAGAAGUCUAUCCCAGUGUGGAUCAGAGCCAUGGGGGUCGUCAUGAGUUCCUUCAACCUCCUGGCUACACUAAGACUGGCUGGACCACUGG